GCGGACCUCAUGAUCUUUUGGCGCUCUUUGUGACGCUCGGCUAGGAUGUUGCUAGGAAACGUGAGAGGGGCGGGGCCUGCGGGCGGCGGACCUGACGGUGGUCCUUCCGGGCUCUCCGAGACGCGCUGUUAGGCGCGUUUCCGUGGAGACGGGGCCGGUAGGCUCUGCUGCAGCCCACCCGGCUUCUCGGUGAGCUCUGGUAACUGCGCGAGUCCUACGAGGCUGCGUCCGGGUGCGCAGCGGGCCGCGGCUUCUCCCUGGCCCCAGAACUGCCCACUGUUGCGCGAGGAGAAGCCGUUGCUACCGAGAUCCAGGAUCAUGACCGGCCUCUCGGAGACCGUCGCCCGCGGCUCCGCCCUACAAUCGCUUCCUGAAAGACUUCCGCGGUGCUGAGGCAAAGAGUGUUGAGUGAGCACAGCCUAGCCGAAAGAUGGAAGCUUAGCACAUCACCACCCGUUGACCUGUCACCUUGAUGACUUCGCCGUUGGGUGCCUUCCCAGUUCAGUUCCCACAGCCUUCCAUCAGUGGCCUCUCACAGAUCACCAAGAGCCUAUUUAUCAGCAAUGGCACAGCUGCCAACAACAAGCUGCUGCUGUCCAGCAAUCAGAUCACCACGGUCAUCAACGUCUCGGUAGAAGUUGCAAACACCUUCUAUGAGGAUAUCCAGUACGUGCAGGUACCUGUGGUCGAUGCACCCAUUGCACGUCUCUGCGAUUUCUUCGACCCCAUUGCCGACCACAUCCAUUCCGUGGAGAUGAAGCAGGGCCGCACGCUGCUGCACUGUGCCGCUGGUGUGAGCCGCUCGGCUGCUCUGUGCCUCGCCUACCUCAUGAAGUACCAUGCGAUGACCCUUCUAGAUGCCCACACUUGGACCAAAUCAUGCCGGCCCAUCAUUCGACCCAACAAUGGCUUUUGGGAACAGCUCAUCCAUUAUGAGUUCCGGCUGUUUGGCAAGAAUACAAUGCACAUGAUUAACUCUCCAAUGGGACUGAUCCCAGACAUCUAUGAGAAAGAGAUCCAUUUGAUGAUUCCACUGUAAGCCAACCCAACCAGCUCCUGUACUGGGGGCAGCAGUACAGCCCUGUCAUUAACAGUACACCAAGGUCUAAACUUGAACAUUCUACUUGUGUUGCUACAGGAACACACAAGAUGGUGCUUUUUAUAAGAAAACUGAGUUGCUAUAACUUUUCACCUCAUAAUCCACAGGUUUGGUGGUACAUGCCUGUAACCUUAGAUGGCUGAAGCAGGAAGAUUUCGA